CCGCUCGGGUCGGCUGCGUCCGCGGAGGCCUCAGGGUGCUGCUGUCAGGCAGGGCCGGUGCUCGGGCUGGGAAGGCCAGGCCGGCGCUGCGAGUGGGUGGGUCUUGCAGCGUGAAGACUUAAAUCCAAGGUGAUGGCAAAACAUCUGAAAUUCAUUGCCAGGACUGUGAUGGUACAGGAAGGAAACGUGGAAGCUGCAUACAGGACGCUUAACAGAAUCCUCACAAUGGAUGGGCUCAUAGAGGACAUCAAGCGACGACGAUAUUAUGAGAAGCCUUGUCGCCGCCGACAACGGGAAAGCUAUGAGACCUGCCGGAGGAUUUACAACAUGGAAAUGGCUCGAAAAAUCAACUUCUUGAUGCGAAAGAAUAGGGCAGAUCCAUGGCAGGGGUGCUGAGCCUGUGGGUAGGAAGCCUACAUCUUCUUGGUGCCUCCAUCCCUUUUCUUUCUCCAGCCUCACUUUUUGUUACCUUUCUCUACAAUAAACUCAAUCAUGUGUAUGCAA